GCUCUUGGGCUGGAAUUUCCUGAUUGGGGGUGGAGUAGGCCCGGCACAAGUGUUUUAGCGUGGAGAAGGGUUUUGGCCUGAGCGUUGGAGCUAGCCCGAUGGGGAAACGAUGGAGAAGGGAGGUAGGGGCCUGCUUGUGGCGAAAAAGGAACGGGACGAGUCGGCGUUGUCUUGGGGGACGUGCAAGUACCGGUACAAGGCGUGUGCGCUGUGUGUGUAAGAGUGGGUGCGUGUGUGUGCGUGGAUGCGGCUUGUCUGGCUUGGAAAUGUGCCGCGGG